AUGGAGGGAGAGGGCGGGGAGGCAGGAAGCGCGUCGUCCUCGUCCUCCGACGGGGAGGAGGAGACGGCAGGGCUGCAGAGCUACUUCUCCUACGUCGAUCAGCUCAGGGGAAAGGACCUGGCGGGCUCGGAGGUGCGGCAGAUCAUGGAGAACAUCGCAGAGUCGGAGAGGGAGAGGAAGGAGUUCAUAUGGAAGAAGGUCCUGCUGCAGGCUACUCGGGCGACAGCUGACCCAGCGGUGCCGGCCGACGUGAAGGCAAUUUUUGAGAGGCAGGUGGAGCGCUACAGCAAGCUGCUCCAUGAUGUCGCCGAAGCAAGGAUGAGGGACGCGCAGUUGCCAUCGCAGGUUCGUCCAGUGCAGGAGGGAGAAGGAUCGUGA